AUGCCAAUUCGCAUCGAGCCAAAAAACUCCCGCGACGACGAACUGGACAGCGCGUGCACUGCUUCCACAAACUCUGUAUGGUCGCGGUGUCCGACCGUGCAUUCACAGUCCACGCCACCAGCAUCAAGAUCUCAAAGCCCGGCGUCAGAUGACAGGACAAGCCUCAACAUCGGAUUGUCGACAACGACGACAAUUACAUCAUUGGCAUCCUCAAGAACAGCGCAUGUCCGCUACUUGGACCGAUCACUCCCGAGUGUGACUCUCCCUGGGAGCGACGACCUCGCUCUUGACCCUGACUUUCAUUUGGAGAUGCAGGCCGCCUACCUUCUAGGCGCUGAUCAUCUUCGUCGGAUUCUCAAGCAAGACGACCUACUGUUCAACUUCAACAGCUUCCUUCUGUCAUAUCGACCCGCCGAUGUGGCGGUUCUCCAGUACUAUCUCUCUGCCUUGAGAGCAUUAGACCUUAUCAGCGCAGCCAAUGCUCUCAUCACCACUCUUCCUUCAUCCUACGAUUACGGAUUUGAUGCUGCCUAUGUGCCCAUCGUGUCAAACCCGAUUUUGGAACGCAAGGUUGAGCAAGCUUUUGCCGUCUUGCAAUACGAGUCGCUUCCAGCCUACGUUGCUUACGGGUUCCACAUGACUAAUGCGUCAUUGCACCGAAAGGUCACUGGCGCUCUGGGUGCAGGAUCUUCUGCACAGAGUGACAGUCUUGCGCAGAUGUUCUGCGUCACCGACCCUGAACAAAUUGACAACCCUAUCAUUUUCGCAUCGAAAGAAUUCUCCCGAAGCACAAACUACCCAAUGAGAUCAAUCCUCAACCGCAAUCCGUCCUUCUUGCACGGUCCCAUGACCGAUGUAGGCGCAUCCGAUCGCAUCGCCAGUGCAAUUGCUGCUCAAAGAUCGCAUUCUGAGGUUAUGGUCAGCUACCGAAGUGAUGGCAGCCCAUUCCUCAGCCUCCAAACUGUAACACCUCUACGUGACACUCGUGGGCGGUUAAGGUAUUGGCUCCGAGGCUAUGUUGAUUGCUCCGAUCUUCUAGGCAAAGGCGCACAUUCGUGGUCAUUCCCACACGAUGCGGUCCCAUCAGCCGCGUCAUCUGCGAACAAGAAGCCAGAGAGCAAACUCCGCAAGGCCAAGUCAUUCUACAGCGUAUACACAGAGCAGUCCGUCAGCCUGGAGAAUUAUCCUAUCAGGCUGGAUGACCAAAUCACCACUCCCGUGUCCUCUACAGCCUCCACUGCGGUCGAACUUCCCGCGACGCCGGUCGCCGCCGGGUUCGCGACAGACGGCUUUGAUGAUAUCCCUGAGUCCUCGAAAUCGGGUUUCCCAAUGGGCCUCGACAUGCGCUCCCCGGGUAUCUACCAUCGCUACCUUCUAGUUCGGCCAGUACAGCCCUUCCGAAUUCUGUUUGUCUCCCCUGCGCUCGCGCAAUCUGCUCCUCGUAUCGCCCAAUCUCCAUUUAUGUCGCACAUUGGCGGAGACAAGCGCGUUCGCGCACAUCUCGAGAAUGCCCUCGUGUCGGCCCGCAAGGUCACGGCGAAGAUCUCGUGGGUGGCCAAUGGGGACGGCAGCAACCCAAACGCCGUGGGUCGAAUGUGCUGGGCGCAUUGUACCCCAUUAUUCGGAGAAGUCGACGGUGUCAGCAACGUCGGUGUCUGGAUGAUUCUCCUCCUGGACGAGGAGCCUGCUGGUGGUGUCUUUUAA